AUGGACAGGAUAACUCAGCUGCAAGAUGCCAUAUUAGACCUCUUAUCCAUCACCGCCUCGUCGGUCGAGUACAUCACCCACCGCACGCAGUUUGAGCAGACCUCGACAGCGAUCCCCACCACACUACACACAACCCAGGCCGCGCGCCGGAAAGACUACCGUGCCGCGAUCGAGCAGUUCGUGUCCGACAUCGUCCGCCGUGCCAAGGACAUUGAGACGCUCAUCGCCGCCCUCCCGAGCAAGGACGACAGCAGCGCCCGCGCGACGCGCCUCGAGGGGUUGCAGGUCGAGAUGGUCGUCGCGAACAAGGAGUACAAGGAGGCGCUCGCGCAGGCUGAAGAGCUCCUGGGCGAGCUGAAGGAGGUGCUGCGCGUGACGCUUGGUGACGGAACCGAGCGCAACAUCACCGCCAGCCUUACACGGCUGGGCAUCCCGCAGGCAUAG